UGUGGUGGUGGGCCGAGCCGGCUGCAGAGGAGGAAAAGGAGGCGAGGGAGAGCACAAAGCUCGCUCCAGUCAUCUAAAGUGGUUCCGUCAGCUGUUGCAUCUGUGCUUGACAGGAGUCACAGGACACAUACAUACUCUGCACUAGCUUGGUUUUGGAGACAAAACACAUUGCACAGUGCUGUCAAAAUGGCCUCUUUACUGAUGGCGGCAUCCAUGCCGCUGCUUCCCGCCAUCAUGUUGGCGUUGGAUCGAGCGGCUAAAUCAUGUCGCGGCAUAGUGGCUUGGGCACUUCGGCUGUUGCGGGGCCGCACCUGCGCCAAGGACACGCACGCUUUUGUCUUCUCCCAGUGCAUCCACGGCAACGCCGCCAGCGUUCUGGAGACCUUUGACAUCCAUGCAGGAAGGCAUGCCUCUGCCGCGGUCGGCCCGCUGAUUGGGCAGGCCUUGGAUGAAGUAGUCCAGCGCGUCCGUCCCUAUCGGGUGCUAGAACUGGGCACGCACUGUGGCUACAGUUCAGUGCGCUUACUGCGUCUACUGCCUCCUGAUGGAAGGCUCCUCACGGUGGAGCAGGACCCCGCGGUGGCUGACCUCGGAGAGGAGAUCAUUAUGGUGGCUGGCUUCCGUCACUCUCAGUUUCAGGUGUUGACAGGCAGCUCAGGUGAGACCAUCCCGAUACUGUGCAAAUUUUUAGAACCAGCUCCUGGGGCCAGCGACACCUUCAACCUAGUGCUCAUGGACCACGAUCCCCAGCAGUAUCUUGUGGACCUUCUGGCUCUGGAGAGCCAGGGUCUGCUCUGCCCCUCAGGCAGCACCAUUGUUCUGAUCAUCAGGAACCAGAAAGAUAAAAGUCUGGAGGAAGUGAGAGAACUGAUUCGAACGAGACCAGACUGUUACACCAUUAAGUCGCAGGUUCACGGGAUGGUGGAGCUCUUCUUCCAGAAACCAAGCGCCCAAUCACAAUAA